AGAAUGUCCAUCCUCCUUGUUGUCAUGGCCCUACAGAUGUGGUUACCAAAUGCAAAGGCUAAUGAUGGAAGCCUACAGAUGGAGUGGGGCCCCUGGGGCGGUUGGGGCGGCUGUUCGAGACAGUGUGGCAACGGCAUCAUGUACAGGGUCCGUGAGUGCAAGUAUCCCAAAGGAAUGGUGCAACAUGGAAGGCAUAGGAGACAACGCGGUUUAGGCAAAUCCCAUAGACGCAAGAUGAAAUCGAAUUGUGUCGGCAUGUACAAAGAAUACAGAACAUGCGAAAAACAGGCAUGUCCCGGGGACUUGUCUUCAAGAGCAUCUCAAUGUCAAGAGUUUAACAACAAACUAUAUAUGGGGCGUAGGAUAAAAGCUUGGGAACCUUACGAACGAGGAAAACCACCAGGUCCAAGGGGUCAGUGCAAAUUAGUCUGCAGGGCUACAGGUUACAGUUUCUUCGCCAAAUUAGCUGAAAAAGUCGAGGAUGGCACAAAAUGUUUGGGGGGAGUGUGUAUCAACGGCUACUGCCAGCAAGUGGGCUGCGAUGGUGUUAUUGGUUCAAACAAACAUCUUGACAAAUGCGGAAAAUGUGGCGGAGAUGGUACGUCAUGUCGCAUCGUAUCAGGAAUAUUCACCAACCCUAAGCUGAAGUAUGGAUAUAACACAGUCAUAAAGAUUCCAAAGGGGGCGUGUCAAAUAAAUGUCACAGAAAUGCGACCCAGCAGAAACUAUUUAGUCUUGAAGCGUGAAAGUGGCAAAUUUAUACUAAAUGGCAACUGGGCCAUUGAUUGGACGGGGACAUACGUCGCGGCAGGCGGGGAGUUCCAUUAUACAAGAUCUGCCAGAAGCAAGGGAGAGCAGAUUCUAGCCACGGGACCCAUAAAUGAAACCAUUGAGCUACAGAUAUUGUACCAAAACAACAACCCUGGUAUCAUGUAUUCGUUUGCCAUUAAGAAAGAGAAAGUCCAUGAUAUGAUGAACAUGAUGAAGGAGACAAUGAAUGAACAAGAUCCUCAGGCACGUCUACCUCAAACAUCAAACAACUACCAUAGCAACAACAGACAUAGGCACAAUGGUCACCAUAGGAAAACCCAAUCAGAUACCCCUGUUUAUAGCAACAAUAAACAACCAACCAGGGGUAGAGUUUAUCCCCCAACCCGCAAUCAAAAUAGUCAAAUUAAUACAAAUAGACAGAGUGUCAGUAACACAGGCUACAACCCUAGAUUACCCAAUGGGGGUGUAGGGGGUGUAGCAGCUACACGUAAUAGCCAAUAUAUAAAUGCCAGGUCUAGAUAUGUACCUGGAUCUGUCCAAACUGGUACCCAGACUUAUCCGGGAUCAAGUUUGUAUCGCAAUAGUGCCCAGCCAGGAGGCACCAAUUCUCAAUUUACAGGAAGAAGUAAUCCUCGAUACGGUUACCAGGGUACGGCUUCUAAUCCCCGAACAGAUCCUCGCUAUUCCAGUGCCGCAUCUACAAAUAAUCGCUACCCAAAUUCAGGGGCCUCUGUACCUCAGUAUAACAGCCGUGGGGGUGUGAAUCCACAAUUUAAUAGCAGAGGGGGUGUGAACCCACAAUAUAACAGCAGAGGGGGUGUUAAUCCUCAAUAUAAUAGCCGGGGAGGAAUCAUUCCUCAGUACACAAACACAAGAGGUGCAAGUGAUCCCAGGUACAGGAGCCAGGGAAACAGCAACCCAAGCAAUCCCAGAAACCCUCAGUACCCCCAUGUGUUAUCAGCCUAUAGGAACACAGGAAUACAAAAUGAUAAAACUCCUAUCUCUGCCCAAAACUCAGCAUUAGCUAAAUAUCCCCCAUCAAGAAAUAGCCAAACACCAGGAGGCUCCAUCACUCAGGGAUCAUAUGUACCUCCAGGGGUUGCCGGCUCCAUACCAAAAUACAGCCAAUCUGGGGGCAGUUUUGCGCCAAAUAGACAACAACCAGGGGGUAGUUUUGCGCCAAAUAGACAACAGCCAGGGGGUAGUUUUGCGCCAAAUAGACAACAGCCAGGGGGCAGUUUCUCACCAAAUAUACAACAACCAGGGUUAGGUAACCAACAACAGGGUGGACUCAUUGACCCCUCCCUGGGGGGACAGGCACAGGCGAUUCCUACGCAGGGUUCCAGCGAGAAUUAUGACUGGAAAAUCUCAGGAUUUUCGGCAUGUUCAAGAACAUGUGGCGGAGGUAUCCAAGAGACUCUUGUUGUUUGUGUAAAGGAGGACAACUCAGCUGUUGUUCUUGACGAUAACUGUGAUAAAGAAAAGAAACCAGAAAAGCAGCGUGUGGCGUGUAACCCCAAAGCAUGUGAGCCUGAUUGGGACAAAGGAGAGUGGUCAGGGUGUACGACGACAUGUGGUAAAGGGAUCCAGACCCGUCGUGUUGAGUGUAAACAGCGUAUGAACCCACAAGUCCACAUCAGUGUUUCUGCUAGCCUCUGCAGUGGCGCAAGUAAGCCGGCAACAACGAAAAUGUGUGAGCUGGCGGAAUGCGCACGAUGGAAAACUGGCAAGUGGAAUUCAUGUCCAGUCGAAUGUGGCAAAGGUAGCCAAACAAGGGAGGUAGUUUGCGUGGACCAUCAGAAUUCAACUAUUCCUGAUUCUGAGUGUGAACUGGAGAAGCCAGUCAGUCAAACAGACUGUGAUAUGGGGCCAUGCUCCAAGGCAUGGUACUACACUGAGUGGUCAAACCAGUGUUCAAGUGACUGCGGAGAUGGUUUUUAUAAACGGAAACUUUAUUGCUCUUCAAAUAAGGAGGAAGAUUGUAGUGCUAGCUCUCGCCCCGAAAGUGAACGUUCUUGUGAAAACGAGAAACAGUGUGGGGCAAAAUGGUUUACAGGUCCAUGGAGUAAGUGUUCAUCAGAGUGUGCUGGAACUCAAACUAGAGAGGUUUUAUGUAUGAGACACCUCAGUCACAUGUUUGUUUCCGUCUCCGAGAGAAGUUGCGGCCAAGAGAAACCUAUAACAGAAAAACCAUGUGAGCAGUCCUCCUGUAAUGCUGACUGGUAUAUGACUGACUGGACUGAGUGUACACAAAGUUGCGGUGGUGGACAGAAGAUGCGGGAAGUACGUUGUCUAGACCGCGACCAGAAGCCAAGUAAUGCAUGCACUGUUACAAAACGCCCAGAGUCUAAACUGGAAUGCAACUCUGACCCAUGUCCUACACAGACUCCAGAUCCCUCAUGCAAAGACAAGUAUACCAACUGCCGUCUUGUCAAGCAAGCACGAUUGUGUCGUUACUCCUACUACAAAACCGUCUGCUGUGAUUCCUGUAAACAACACAAGCAUCACUAAGGCAACAGGGGAUGAUGUCAUAAAAUCAUUACUAAGGCAACAUCAAAUGAUAUCAUAUUUAAAACUCAAAUGAGCAAUAAAGGAUUGCAAAAACAAGGGAUAGCAUAAUACCCAUCAUUGUUAAGUUGUACACAAGUUUGAGAAUAUAACCACGUGGGUCAUGUAUUGAAAUUAAAAAUAGAGUAAAAAAGAGUGGAAUUAGCAAGGAAUUAAGUAAACAGGCAUGUAGUUAACACUCUAAAUUGUAUCGAAAUGGAAAAACAAC